AGCAUUGAUGUGAUUAUUUGGAAAAAUGAGGCGCGUGCCUUCUGCGUUGAGGUCGUUUUUUAGUACAGCUGGGUACUUCCAAAAGGGGCGCUUUUAUGGCACAUCGACUCCUGCCUGUUGGAAUUGUAAAAAGCAAUCAUUGUGCAAACAGAACAUGAUUUGUGCUAAUUGCCGGCGCCUGCAGGAUGUGAAUUCUGGCAUUAACUACUUCGAACUACUAGAUUUUCCCACAAGCUUUGCCGUGGAGGGGCAGAAAUUGACGCAACGAUUCCGCCAACUUCAGGGCCUUGUGCAUCCCGACAAAAGCACACGGGAGCAGAAUAACUCCGCCGAUUGGAGCUCGCUGAUAAACAAGGCCUACAAAACGCUGUCUAAGCCCUUGGAACGUGGCCAGUAUAUGUUGGAGCUACAGGGCGAGCAGAUGCCGCAGGAUAACACAGCCCUCAACAAGGCCUUCCUCAUGGACAUGAUGGAACGUAACGAAGAGGUUGAAGAUGCUGCAGAUAGCGGCACGCUUGAGCAGCUGAACGCGCAAAUUAUCAAGGAACUAGAUACAAUGGCACAAACCUUAUCCGCCUGCUUUGAGGUCAACGACUUGGCUGCUGUGAAAGCCACUCUGGUCGAAAUGAAAUACCUGUUGAGCAUACAGAGCACCAUAAAGAAGAAGCUUCAGCGUCUGAUGGGAAAUAAUUGAGUUAACCCUAAACAAUAUCGAUUCGCAAUCGGCUACUUCAAAUCGAUUACACGUGUUAGCAUUCGCCUCUGAACAAGAAAGCGCCUCCCGCAGCGCAGAAAGAAGCAUUCAAUUUAAUAAAAGAAUGUAUGUAAAUAAAUUUCGAUAUUGGCUCGCG